AUGGCUUCAGUUACAGCUGCCCCAUCAUCAUCAACCAACGAUACUGAAGCAGACAAGGCCAAAGAGAUAAUGUCCGCAACCGCAGAAGCCCCGGCCACUGCUUCCGUAGACGAAGAGCAAAAUAUUUCGUACUCGGCGGAGCGAAUAAUUGGAAAUGGAAGUUUUGGAGUGGUCUUUGAAGCCAAGGUGGUGGAGACGGGGGAAGUGGUGGCCAUUAAAAAGGUACUGCAGGAUAAGCGAUUCAAGAAUAGGGAGCUGCAAAUAAUGCGACAAUUGGUGAAGGAUGCGCACACGAACGUGGUUGCUUUAAGGCACUGCUUUUAUUCACAGGGUGAAAAGGCUGAGGAUCUGUAUCUGAACUUGGUGUUGGAGUUUGUUCCUGAGACAGUAUACUCAAUUAGUAGACGGCAUCACAAACACAACAUCCCACUACCGCUGCUCUAUGUCAAGCUAUACUUGUAUCAACUGUCUCGAGCGCUGGCUCAUAUUCACACAAUUGGAAUAUGCCAUCGGGAUAUUAAACCUCAGAAUCUGUUGGUAAAUCCAAAGAAUCAACAAUUGAAGCUUUGUGAUUUUGGUUCUGCCAAAGCGCUGGUGAAGGGGGAACCAAAUGUAUCUUAUAUUUGCUCCCGUUACUAUCGGGCUCCAGAAUUGAUAUUUGGCUCCACAGAUUAUACAACAGCUAUUGAUAUCUGGUCCGAGGGGUGUGUUGGGGCAGAAUUGUUGUUGGGGCAACCACUCUUCCCAGGAGACUCGGGGGUCGACCAACUGGUCGAGAUUAUCAAGGUGUUGGGCACACCGACAAAGGAAGAAAUCAGGUCCAUGAACUCGAAUUACAUUGAGUUCAAAUUCCCUCAGAUUAAAGGAUGUCAUUGGAAGAAGGUCUUUCGAAGCAAAACCCCGGAAGAUGCAAUGGACUUUAUUGCUGCCAGUCUGGCGUACACACCCUCGAAACGGCUCUUGCCACUAGAUGGAUGUGCGCACCCCUUCUUUGACGAAUUAAGAGAAGAAGGAAUCGAAUUGCCAAACAAUGGUGGUGCACUUCCACCGCUCUUUGACUUUACACAGCAUGAGCUGGAUUCGAGCGAGGAACUUUUAGCAAAGCUUGUUCCAGCUCAUUUGAAGAAUGAAGUAUUACCGGAUGAUGCUGCUACUGCUGCUGCUGGGAAAGCAAAAAGUGGAUAA